CCUUAAAAACCUCCAGAAUUAGGGUUAGGUUUCUCCCAUUUCAGUAGAAGCAAAACAAGCAGAAGAACAUGGAGGCGGCAGCGGCAACGGCGGAAUCUGUCCAAUGCUUCGGGCGGAAGAAGACGGCUGUAGCAGUAACCCACUGCAAACGUGGUAAAGGGUUGAUCAAGAUCAACGGUGUACCUAUCGAGCUUGUGCAACCAGAGAUUCUCAGGUACAAGGCUUAUGAACCUAUUUUACUGUUAGGACGACACCGUUUUGCUGGUGUAGACAUGCGGAUCCGUGUCAAAGGUGGAGGUCACACCUCACAAAUCUAUGCUAUCCGUCAGUCUAUUGCGAAAGCACUUGUUGCGUUUUACCAGAAGUAUGUGGAUGAGCAGUCGAAGAAGGAGAUUAAGGAUAUACUUGUACGAUACGAUAGGACUUUGCUUGUUGCUGAUCCUAGACGAUGUGAGCCUAAGAAGUUUGGUGGUCGUGGUGCUCGUUCUAGGUUCCAGAAAUCUUACCGUUGAUUUCUUUUUAUUGCUGAUGUUGCUCCUUUAAUGCCUAUGGUUUUGAACUUUUUGAAUUGUUUUGUGUUUUGGAUUUUAAAGUUUAGUGAUUGCAAUAUGACUUGUUAAAUUA